CCAGAGGGGGGUCCGGACCGCUGUGGUUCAACACUGGAGGAGGAACAUCACCUCAGAGGACCACAGGAGGGAAAGGAGCCGAGGAGGAGACCUCAAACCACCUGGGUGAUAAAGACGUUGAGUGGAGGAUUUGCACGGAAACCCGGGCAGGAGACAGGAAUUUUCUGCCUGUGCAACAACACCUGCUGCUCUCUUCCAACAUCGGAAAAAACCUGCAGCGCGAGCGAGAGGGAGGAAGACCCGCAGUGGAGGAGGCUUCGCCCCCCCCCCCCCCCCCCCCCCCCCGUGGAGCAUCGGACCACCUACCAGCUGCUAAUCUCAUCAGCAACCUGCCACCUUAAUAAAGGAUCCCCGCGGCGCCGGCUAGGGAACACCUGGGAGGAUCUGGGCCAAAAAAAAACAAGUCAAGAGUCCGCUCGGCUUGGACCACCUGCCCGUGUGAUGAUGGCUUGGCUCCGGCUGUGGACUCUUGGGCUCAUGGCAAUUAUGUCCGUGGCUCUCGCUGUUGCUGGAGAUAGUGGCCUUCCUGUGGUGGAAGGCCACAACGAGAUCGUGAAGAAGGAGUCUCAUCCUGUCCUCUUCAGGCAGAAGAGGGAUUGGAUCUGGAACUCUCUCUACGUGGAGGAGGAGAAACUUGCACCCAGCCCCUACAAGAUCGGAAAGCUGAAGUCGAGCAAGAACGUGGUUGUGAAGAGCUUCAAAAUAGCGGGUGAAGGAGCAAACGACAUCUUCACCGUGGAUGAGAAGGGAGACCUGUUCGUCACCAAACGUCUGGACCGAGAGAAGAAGAACGCGUACCAUCUAACUGCCUGGAUGUUUGAUGGGAACGAACAGUUGGUAGAGGAUUCUGGAGAAUUUGUGGUCCAGGUGACGGAUAUCAACGACAACAGCCCAGUUUUCCCUAAGACAUACAAUGGAUCCGUCAGGGAGCGGUCCUCGAUUGGAACUAAAGUUGUUGAGGUGACGGCAACCGAUGCAGACGACCCGUCCACCGCCAACGGAGAGCUGCGAUACUCUCUGGCCCCUCAAGGAGACUUUGCUGCCUUCACCAUCCACAGCGAGACAGGUGUGAUCACCUGCAGGACGAACACCCUGGACCGUGAAACCAAGAGCCAGUACGUAGUGGUGGUUAAAGCUCAGGACAUGAGAGGAUUUAAAACUGGCAGCACAUCCAACACCAACGUCACCAUCACCGUGACAGACACCAACGACAACACUGCUUCUUUCACCCGAAAGACGUACGAGCUGAACGUUCGGGAGGACCACAAGUUGAACGAGAAGAUAGGCACUCUGGAGGUGGAGGACAGGGAUGAGGACUGGAACAAAGUGCCUAUCUUCACCAUUUUAAAUAAUGAAAUGCGCCAAAUCUUUGGCGUUGAACUCAGCAAGCCCCACAAGGAUGGCGACCUGGUGCUCAAACAGGCUCUGGACUACGAGACAAACAGCAGCUACACUUUCACCGUCAAUGUGAAAGAAGACACCCUUCCCCGUGGUUCCCCCGCGGAGAACGCAAAGACCGCCGUCACCACCGCCCAGGUGAACAUCAAGGUGCUGGACGUGGACGAGGCGCCGGUGUUCUCGAAGCCCGUCUACACCUUCACCGUGAUGGAGGAACUCAUCGUGAGGGACAUUGGAACCGUCAAAGCCAGAGACCCCGACAGAGCCAACAGGAAGAUCCAGUACUCCAUCGUUACCAAGGACUGCCCCAUCGGCAUCCACCCGGCAACCGGUCAGCUGUCCACCCUGAGGACGCUGGACCGAGAGCUGGAGGCCACACACGUGUUUCAAGUUAAAGCGCAGGAGGAGUCGAGUGGUCUGGAGUCUUUUGUUGAAGUGAACAUCGCGGUUCAGGACGUCAACGACAACAAGCCCGAGCUGAGCGCCGAGGACGUCUUCGUCUGCGAGAACGACCCCACGGACACGGUGAUAGGAACCCUGAGAGCCACAGAUGAAGACGAGCAGCCGGCUUCCUUCACUUUCAGCUUGGCCAGCGAGAGCUCCAACUUCUCCAUCCGAGGCCGCGGCAACGGCACGGCGGACGUCGCGGUGAAGCAAGGCCCGUUCAGCCUGGACGACCCCAAGGAUUACAGCGUGGACGUGAGCAUCAGCGACGGGGGGCGGCCCCCCCAGACCAGCGUCACCCGGCUGGCAAUCAAGUCGUGUCGGUGUGACGGCAGGCGGGUUCCCACGCAGUGCAAAGCUGGCGCCCGGAGGAUGGGAGUGAGCGUGCACGCCCUGAUAGCCAUCCUGCUCUGCAUCCUGACCAUACUGGUCAUCGUGAUCCUGUUUGUGGUGAGGAAACGUUACCAGAAGGACUCUCUGUCCAACCUGAAGAACAGCGGCGAGAUUCACGAGCAGCUGGUCACGUACGACGAGGAGGGGGGGGGGGAGAUGGACACCAACGGCUACGACGUCUCCAUCCUCUCCUCCGCCUGCCAGGACGGCUCCCUGCUCCGCCACCCGGACCUCCACGCCCGCCCGUCUCUCUACGCCGUGGUGCAGAAGCCCCCCGCCCACCCCCACCCCCACCCCCACCACCACCAAAACCACCACGCGCCGCCGCCGCCGCCCACCGCCUGCAAGGGCGACAUGGCCGUGAUGAUCGAGGUGAAGAAGGACGAGGCGGACCACGACCGCGACGGCUUCCCGUACGACACGCUGCACAUCUACGGCUACGAGGGCCCCGAGUCUCUGGCCGGCAGCCUGAGCUCCCUCGGGACCUCGUCCACGGGCUCCAACCUGGACUACGACUUCCUCAACGAGUGGGGCCCCAGGUUCAGGACCCUGGCCGAGCUGUACGGCGUGGACGGCCCCGACCACUGCCGUCAGUACUGAUGGAGAGCGGUUACAGGAUGCCAAAAUACACACACACGCACACACACGCGCACACACACUGCAAAGAGCCAUAAAGACACACUCGCACACAUCCAGACGCACGGAGGAGGCUUUGUUGUCAGUUGAAGCUCCUGUGCGGACCUUUGGGUGGUUGAUGGGACGCUGCUGGCCAGAUGUAGAAAUCCUUUACGUUUGAAUUGAGCUGGUGUCUCAGAGCACCAUUUUGAAUCCCCGUAUAUUUACCGCACAUGACGUUUUGCAUCGUGUCUCUUAAAAUGAUCCGUACACACCUGUGUCAUCAAAACGUACACCUACAAAUGAAGUGUGUUUCUUAAAGUGUGGCAUAAUCUCUAUUUGGAAAGGUAUGCAUAGUCUUCAUCAAAUCAAAUGUUUACACCCACUCGUCAUCUCGAUGUCUCAUCGUUGUAUAUCGGAUUUAUCGCCUUUUUUUUUUACUACUGGGGAAGCAAAGCGGUUCAUUUGAAAACAACUCUUGGUCGAUUUGAGUUUUUUAUUCCGUUUUCUUUCAUAUUGUCGGCCUGUAAUCUCUUUGAACUUGUUCUCUUGACAAAAGGGCCACAAAGGGGGUGAUUUCACUCUCGUUCUGAGGAGGAUUUGAUUUGUAAAUAAGACCUCGCUUCAGGGGGUUUAUUGUUUGAGGUGAAAAACCCAGAAGCCGUAAGGAACUCGAAGCAGUUUGAGGCGUUUGAUCACAGAGAAACGCUUCUUCUCAAAUACCGAAUAGAGUCUUUCAGGAAGGUUCACGUCUGCAGAACCUCAGGCUGUGUGGAAGAAGUUUGGAAAGCUGCACCAAAGGUUCCUGAUAUUUAGCAGCAGUGCAUUUUCUUUUUAAGGUAAAAACCCGGUUUUUGCUUCCUGAAAUCGACCAUCACAUUUCACCCAGGAGUCAUUUUGUUCAUUUUCUCAUUCAUCUUCUGCUCGGAGGAGAGAAAAAAAAAAAAAAACCCACUCGACUGAAAGGAAACGCUCUGACAGAAUUACAGCACGUUUCCCGGCGUUUAUUUGACAGAACUUUUCACCACAGCGUCCCUCCGAGGGCCUCCGAGGGCCACUGGAACAAAAGUCAUUCAGACAACUCAGGAAACGGCGGAGCGGCGAAAGCGGCCCGUCGGGGCGGCGGCGAUGACCACGAGGUGGCUGGAAUCACUUUGACCCCCCCGUCCUCUGGGGCUACUGGCAGGUCACAGAGCUCCGUGGUUUCCACCUGCCGCUCGACUGGGCCGGGCAGGUUCUGAUUACUGGAGUUUGUGUCAGACUUGCUUUAGUUUAUUAGGACACAGUGCCUCAAAACACCUGAAUCAACCAGUCCACACAGAGCGGUUCAAAAAAUGCUCUUUGAAAGCUUACUUAACCUAAUUUUGCAAUUAUUAUUUUGAUAAUUAUUUGCCUGUUUGUAGACGAAGGCUGAAACCAAUUGUUGUUUAAUCUGUUCCUUUGAUCGUUGUAUCUAUGAAACGUCCAAAAGUGCACGAUGCCUUUUGUUUUGUGACCAAAAAACCAAUGAAAGAUCUUACUUUUGCAUUAACGAAAAUCUGCAAUAAGUAGCACAGCUGACAUUAAAGGAGCUGAACGCCGUUAACGUGUUGGUCAAACACACCGUGAGAAGAGGCCCGUUAGCAUCAGCUCAUCUCCUUUAUUCAUUCGUGUUGCUGCUGAACCCUUCGAUCGGGUCGUCAUUGAUCCUCCGAUAACCUCAUGGUGGAUAUUUGCGGGAUGAUGCUGCGUUCGCUGACUGUUGGAAUCAGGGACUCUGUAGCUGACUGAUCUCUGGGCUCAUUGUGCAAAUCAGUUAUUUAAGAAAGGUCACAAAGUUCUUCCCUUUUCUUCUUCCCAGUCAAGCGGCCGGCCCGUCCCGGUUAAAAUGGUCCGAUUGGCUCCAGACAUCCAUUUCACUUCAUUCCAUUCAGGAGAGUUGAUUCUUCCGGCUGUUUAUUCUGUUUAGUUUGGACUCGACGUUGUUCCUCAUUGGCCGAGCGGUGGACACAAUAGCGGGAAGCCUCCUCGAUGCUUUCCUGUUGGUUCAAAUGUAUUUAAACUUAACAAAUGCACCUAAAUAAACUGAGGGUAGCCAGAGCCUCCUCCUCGCCACACCUCCCCCUCCCCGCCCCCCCCCCCCCCUCGUCCUCCUGUAAUCUGCUAAAACACAACUUCCCGCCCCUUCCUGUCUGCGUUAUCUCCCCCGUGAGCCAACACAUUGUGCUCACUUCCCGUUGGCUUCGGCCCGGGAAAACAACCUUGGAGAGAAACCGAGACAAGAAACCGGGGGGGGGGGGGGGAAGAACAAUGUGCAGCAGGGGGGCGAGUUUCCAGCUCAGCAGAAGAGAAAGAAAAACAUCGCUCCUCCAAGAGGUGUUUGACGUCCUGUUGACCCAGUGAUGAAGAUCACCAACUGCUGCGUCUUUAAAUCACCUUUGGAGGCUUUCAUUGGACAAGAGACAGCUGGCUUUGCUGGUGGCGGCCAUCUUUGUUUGGACCGGGCUCACCUGGUGACUCUCACUGGAGGAAAUGUUUUUUCACACCCGUCUCCAGGAAACAACAUCAAAGUUGUUUUUCCCGUGUUUUUUCUCCUCUGUGUCAUCACCGUCAUCUCUGAUUUUGAAAGAAGAAAAAAAAAAACGCUGUUGUUGACAUGAGCAGCGACGCUCCAUUAUCUGUUUUCCUAAAAUUGUCGUUGUGUGGUUUGUGUGUGAGACAUUUGGAGAGCUGGACGGGUGAAGCUGAUGAUGUAAACAAGUCCCUUCUAGAACGCAUCAAUCAUUGCAUUAAACACCGUUAUUAUCUGCCUCAUCGUGACUGUGCAGCUGCAACAGGACCAGCGCCAUGUUGUCAAGUAUCGUUGUUUAACAUCCUAAAAAGGGUUUAUAUUUCUGAUGUGUUCACUGGUUUGGAUCCACGGUGAAAAUCAGGUUGGGAUUCAGACAGAAAAUAGUUUUUUAACGUUUUUCCUCUUAAUGUCAAGAAAACAACAAAACGUUUAUCGAAAUGUUAGCUUGAAAAAACAGACCUUUGGUUGAUUUUGCUUUAAUUUCUUCUAUGUUUGCAAAGUGUGUACUUUGAGUGAAAUGUACAUAGAAAGAAAAAAAAAAUGUGCCUGGUGAUGAUUUAACGGCUUCGCGUUGCUGUGAAGUCCAGCUCGUUGUGUUGCUUUCGCUGGAAGGUGAAAGACUUGCUGUCUGAGGGAAUAUGUGAUCAGCUGUUCUUGUGCGUGUGCUUGUGCUUGUGAUUGUGCUCAUGUUAGAAACACACAAAUGGGUGUCAAACCAAUAUCCAAAAAAAAAAAAAAAAAGGGUAACCACGUAGAAAUACACGUGUAAAUACAGUGGGGGAGUCCAGGGGGAGCAACAUGUGCCUUUAUCCUUAAACAAAAUACUGUAUUUCUUUUUUUUUUGUGAUGGCAAACACAA